CAUGCGCGACGACGCGAGGGCCGCCGGGACCGGAAGUGCGGGCGGGCUGGGAGCCCGACGUUGACAGGACCGGCGAGCCGGGCCGCAGGCUGCAGCUGGCGGCCGGAGCGGGGUCCCGGAGUCGCCCGGCCCUGCUCCGCCAUGGGCCUCCUGUCGGACCCGGUGCGUCGGCGCGCACUCGCCCGCCUCGUGCUGCGCCUCAACGCGCCGCUCUGCGUGCUGAGCUACGUGGCGGGCAUCGCCUGGUUCCUGGCCCUGGCUUUCCCGCCGCUGACCCAGCGCACUUACAUGUCGGAGAACGCCAUGGGCUCCACCAUGGUGGAGGAGCAGUUCGCUGGCGGAGACCGUGCCCGGGGCUUUGCCCGGGACUUCGCUGCCCACCGUAGGAAGUCAGGGGCUCUGCCAGUGGCCUGGCUGGAGCGGACGAUGCGGUCAGUGGGGCUGGAGGUCUACACGCAGAGUUUCUCCCGGAAACUGCCCUUUCCCGAUGAGACUCACGAGCGCUAUGUGGUGGCAGGCACCAACGUGUACGGCAUCCUGCGGGCCCCUCGAGCUGCCAGCACUGAGUCUCUGGUGCUCACCGUACCCUGUGGCUCUGACUCUACCAACAGCCAAGCUGUGGGGCUGCUGCUGGCACUUGCUGCCCACUUCCGGGGGCAGAUUUACUGGGCCAAAGACAUCAUCUUUCUGGUGACAGAACACGACCUUUUGGGCACUGAGGCUUGGCUGGAAGCCUACCACGACACCAAUGUCACUGGCAUGCAGUCGUCGCCCCUGCAGGGCCGGGCGGGGGCCAUCCAGGCAGCCCUGGCCCUGGAGCUGAGCAGCGACAUGGUCACCAGCCUUGACGUGGCUGUGGAGGGGCUCAAUGGGCAGCUGCCCAACCUUGACCUGCUCAACCUCUUCCAGACCUUCUGCCAGAAAGGGGGGCUGCUGUGCACGCUGCAGGGCAAGCUGCAGCCCCAGGACUGGACCUCAGCAGAUGGGCCACUGCAGGGUCUGCAGACUCUGCUGCUCAUGGUCCUGCAGCAGGCCUCUGGCCGCCCCCACGGCCCCCACGGCCUCUUCCUGCGCUACCGCGUGGAGGCCCUAACCCUGCGUGGCAUCAAUAGUUUUCGCCAGUACAAGUAUGAUCUGGUGGCAGUGGGCAAGGCCCUGGAGGGCAUGUUCCGCAAACUGAACCACCUCCUGGAGCGCCUGCACCAGUCCUUCUUCUUGUACCUGCUGGCUGCCCUGGCCCGCUUCGUGUCCAUCGGCCUCUACAUGCCCGCCGUCGGCUUCUUGCUCCUGGUCCUGGGUCUCAAAGCUCUGGAGCUGUGGAUGCGGCUGCACGAGGCCGGGGCAGGUCCUGCGGAGGUUGGGGCGGCCUCUGCACCUGGUACCCCUCUGCCCCCUGCACAGGGCGUGGGGCUGGCCUCGCUGGUGGCGCCCUUGCUGAUCUCCCAGGCUAUGGGCGUGGCCCUCUAUACCCUCCCGGUGCUGGGCCAGCACGUGGCCACCCAGCACUUCCCAGUGGCUGAGGCUGAAGCUGUGGUGCUGACACUGCUGGCCAUCUAUGCUGCGGGCCUGGCCCUUCCACACAGCACACACCGGGUGGUGAGUGCACAGGCCCCGGACAGGGGCUGGAUGGCGCUGAAGCUGGUGGCCCUCAUCUAUCUGGCACUACAGCUGGCCUGCAUCGCCCUCACCAACUUCUCGCUGGGCUUCCUGCUGGCUGCCACCAUGGUGCCUGCCGCUGCACUCACUGAGCCCUGUGGGCCCCGGCCAUUCUACGCUGCUCUGCUGGUGCUGACGAGCCCGGCAGCCACACUCCUGGGCAGCCUGUUCCUGUGGCGGGAGCUGCAGGAGGCACCGCUGUCGCUGGCCGAGGGCUGGCAGCUCUUCCUGGGGGCACUGGCCCAGGGUGUGCUGGAGCACCACACGUACGGCGCCCUGCUCUUCCCGCUGCUGGCCUUGGGCAUCUACCCCUGCUGGCUGCUCUUCUGGAAUGUGCUCUUCUGGAAGUGAUGUCCGCUCGCCCGUGGUGUGAAGACGAGACUGGCGGGAACUCCCCAGACCCUGUACUCCCCUUCCUAGGAAAUAAACAGGUGUCUUGUUCCAGCUGC